UCAUCUUUCCCAUAUUUUGUGUAUAUGAAAUUUGCUUUAGGGUGUUACAAUCACCUUCAUUAUUGCAUUUAAUUAUAUCAAAAAAUUUAAAUAUGAAUAUAUUUAAAUAAUCCUUUUCUGCAAUAAGAACUUGGAAGAUUUUAUAUAAGUUGCAUAUAAAUAUGAUACACAAUUAGUAUCAGAACAUUCAUCAAGUUUUCUGAAACCUUUAGUCUCUCAUCACCUGAGGUUUCUCAAAAUUUUCAGAGUGCAAUGGAGAAUCAAAAUUUGAGUAAUCCUGAGAAUGCCUUCAUGGCUUUUUCUAACGGCAGCUGCUUUGAUCAUCAACAGACUCAGCUUUCCAUCAACUUUACUGAUAAUAUUCAGAGCUUUACACACCCUGGAGACCAAACAGGGGAGAUUCCAGGUAUAGCAUUGGCGGCCAAUUUCAAUCCUGACGGCAGGAUUCAAAAGCCGAAGCAUACUUUCGAAAGCCUGGGGAAUUUUUCUCCUCCUGUUUCUGCAAAUAAAAAGAGCUUGGAUGGAAGAAAAAGAAAGAGAAACAGUGAGAGCGUGGUGGAGAAACCAAAAGAAGUUAUCCAUGUGAGAGCAAAGAGAGGUCAAGCUACUGAUAGUCACAGUUUGGCAGAAAGGGUAAGAAGAGAGAAAAUAAAUGAAAGGUUGAGGUGCUUACAGGACCUGGUUCCUGGAUGCUACAAGACAAUGGGGAUGGCAGUGAUGUUGGAUGUUAUUAUAAAUUAUGUUCAGUCUUUGCAGAAUCAAAUUGAGUUUCUGUCAAUGAAGCUUUCAGCAGCCAGUAUGUAUUACGACUUCAACUUGGAGCUGGAUGCUACAGACACCAUGCAGGGGACAAAUGCAUAUUAUGCACAAGAGAUGGAGAGAAUGAUGGGAGAUGGGUACAAUCCAAUUAUUUCAGAAUAUGUAGAUGAGAAAGUUUCAAUCCACUUCCCAGAAGAGAAUGGACCCAUCGGAAGGGUUCCUUGCCCUUAAUUUGGAAGGACAAAAGAAACUGUCCUUUCAUGUCAUCAUAUAAGUGUUAAUUAAACAUUAUUGUGGAUAAUAUUGUUAACGGGAUGAGCAAGUUAAUCUUUAUUUAAAUUAUUAAACUAAAACUUUAAUUUAAAAUUAAUUCAUUUGAGCAAUUAGUGGAUUUGAGUCAAUCCACUCCUACUAUCAUAAAUGCAUUGUAGAAAAAAAAAAGGGUCCUUCAACUGGAAUUUGGAUCCUCUUUCAAAAGGAUUAUGCGAUAUUACUUUUCAUUAACUCCCAAUUAUAAGUCAAUUGAUUCUGAUCUUAUCCGGUCUACCUAUCAACAACUUGAAGGAGACUUAUGAACUGAUCUAAAUUCAAUUAAAUGGGCAGAUUCAGCCAACCUAAAACAUGUGAUGUCUGCGUAAUAUCGUUAUGAACAUCUGUAAUACCUGAUUAAGAAAGGAAAGAGGUUUGCAGUAGCUACACAAUAACGAGAAUGAAGAAAAAGGCAUGUAUAAAGAACUUUUUCGUAAAAGAAAAAAUAUUGUUCUGGUGUAUGAUUGCUGAAUGUUUCUUUUUGAAGUGGAGGUCGAAGGUAGUUUAGUUUGAGAUGGAUCAAUUACCACUUCCAAGAAAAUCUACAAAUGAAAACUGUGCAGCAUGCAUUUGAGAUGUUAUUUUCUUUGGCUAUCAUCUGAUGGAAACCAAGGUGGGUGAAUAGAAACAGAUUUGCAUUAUAUUUCCCUAACAGUUGGAGCAAUCCAUAAUGUGCACAAUUUAGUGCUAUGAUGUGCUAUUUGUGUUUUAAGACCUCAGGUUAAACAAUUCCAGAGUGCACUUCUUAGUUGUGAGACUGUGUUAAUAUUUGGAUAUUGUGUUUUCUUUGGCCAAUAGGUUAUUGGGUAAUCAUUGACAACAUUUACAAGAGGCCGGUACCCUAUUUUUGUUACGUUGAAUCCAAUAUUCUGACCUUUUUCACAUAAUAGGGAUUGUCCGACAGAAUUGCGAGAAGCUAUCGCAAGCAUAAUUUUUGCUGCUCCUAGAUGUUCCGAUUUGCCAGAUUUGUUGCAGAUCAAGAACUUAUUUACUUCAAAAUAUAGGAAGGAGUAUGUUGCAGCUAUUGCCGAGCUUCGUCCAGAUACUAGUGUCAACCGUACAGUUAAUUGGCUUUUAGUACAUCAAUAGCAAGUGUGAUGUUUCUAUUGGAGCAGCCAUUGUAACUCGCAUGCUGAUAUUUCUUUUCCUACUUUUUCUUUUCUCUUUUUUUAUAUUUUUAUGCAGAUAAUUGAGAAACUUUCAGUUAGUGCUCCAUCACCCGAGGCAAGGCUCAGUGUGUUGAAGGAAAUUGCAGGGGAGUACAAUGUGGUUUGGGACUCCUUUCAAACUGAAGCAGCACUUAAUAAAAAGCACGAAGAUUUACUGGGAAUGAUUUCAACGUCAUCUCAAUGAUGGAUAUGAGAGACUGACACAGGCGGAUAGACCAGCCAAGCAAAAGCAGUGGAUUCAAAGUCAAAUUGAAGAUUAGCACACUGCAUAAUAAGAUUGAGCUAUUGAUGAUAGAAAAUUGAAAGAGUCUGAAGCUUUUCACAAGGCUAAGUUGAUAGGAAAAUACUUGAGCCAAGUAAUAUAAGCUUGCCUAGAAAUUCAAAUGUGUUAAUUUGGGCACAUUAUCAUGAACCACCAAGCCUUCGACCCUGCCAACGUAGAAUCAAAUAUUAGCGAGUUAAUUUGCUUAUUAGCCAAAUAUAGCUGUAGACCCAUUACAAGUGGACAGUUUGUUCUUCCAAGAAGAAAUGUUUACUACAAUGUUCGGAGUAUCUAUUGGACUAAACAAGCUGUUGUUAGUUACUUCAACGUUUUUGCUUGCUUAGGACUUAUCAAAUGAGAAAAAUAACAAUUAUUGCAUGUUUAGGUGCUUAUAAUAGCCUUUUAACUAUUGGACUUAAUUCUGUCCUCUCAAUGUUAAUAUUUUUUUCAGGGUGGUUCAGAAGAAAUAUACGUUAUAGCUUCAACUCCUUAAGCUUCUAUUAAGCCGAGCUCUCCAAGAUCUUCAACUUCUAAUGGGGCACAUCCUAUUCUGCCUUCGGAGAGUAGACUGGGAUCUCAACACCUUCAAGUUCCCAGUCCAACAAAUGAAAUUGAACAAUCAGCUAAAAGUAGUAAUGCCGUUCUCGUUAGUGAUACUAAAAGGGAGACAACAUUACAAUCAUCCGAUGUAUUGGAAAGAGCUCGAGCUGCUAUUGCCUCCGCAGAACGUGCAGCCGCUCAGCUUGUGAAUGCUGAAUUUGGUUUGUUGAAACUAGAAGGGAAGUCAUCAUAGCACCGACAUGAUUGACCUGUUACAUCCCAUAUCUUCAUGAUCUUACUUCACUAGCCUCCCCUUUUCCAGGGAUAGCUGGGAAAGAUUAAGUGCUGGAAGAAAGGAAGUAUAUAUGACUCAAGCUAAAAUAGUUUGGUAUUUGAGAAUGUUGGAAGAGAACUGCAUUUGUUACUAAGAUAACUUAUCUUGAGUUGUGGGAUCAAGUCGAUUUGGGAAUUGUAAUAUACUAUCACCUCAAAAGUUAGUUAUAAAAAUGUUACCUUAAAGA